AUGGCAGAAGGAAUCAAUGUUCAAUCUUUAAAAGACGGUUCUGAUGCAGAUUAUGAAUUCACGUGUACACCUUGCAGCAAAGACAAUAUUAGAGAAGAGGCUGACAAGUAUUGUCGUGAGUGUCACGAAUAUUUGUGUAAGACAUGUACGAUAUACCAUGGCCGACUUAAUAUUGCACAGCAACAUAAACUGUUGGAUAAAAGCGAUGCUAAACAAGGUGUUGUUGUUGCUAGGACUAAAUGUCACUACCAUGCUGACCGAUACAUUGAAAUGUACUGUAAAACACAUGAUAUGGUUUAUUGUACGAUGUGCAUUGCAACAGAACAUAGGUCUUGUGAUGGAGUAAACAAGAUUGAAGAUGUGUCUAAACAAUGCGUAACCCAAACGGAGAUUCAAGCCCUGUUAGAGGAGACAAAGAAUUUACAUGACAACGUGAAGUCCCUGACAGUAAAACAGAAACAAAAUCUAACUGCUAUAGAAAAACAGAAAGAAGCUAUUGAAGGGAAACUAGAUGAAACAGAGACAAAACUUAUAGAACAUAUUAGAAAAUUGAAAAGACAGACAGAAAAAUGUUUAAAUGAUAAAUAUUCUACAUUGAAGGAGGAUCUCGUGCCUGUUAUCAGUGUAUCAGGUCGAACAACUGAAUGCUUGAAGCAAAGUACGAAACAACUGCAUACGAUUGACAGUCUGAUUUUAGAGCAAAAAUUUGUCCAGAUUAUGUUGAUGAAGAAGACUGUCAAAGAUGCAAACACUUUCAUUACAGAAGUUGCGGCGGAAGGUACACAAUUUAUCGAUUUUACUGUAAAUAGGGAGUUGACAGACAUCUUCACAAUCGAACAGUCUUUAGGUGAUGUAACAACCGGAAUUGUUGGUGAGCAGAAAUUGAAACAGAGGCAGUACACACUAAAGUCAACGAAGGAGAUCAAUGUGAAGCUAAGUAAGGACAAUCAGGAAUGUUACAUAUCUGAUAUCUGCAGACUUCCUGAUGGUACGGUCCUUCUGACUGAUUUUAACAAUUACAAAGUUAAAAGACUAAACACUAACGAUAGUGUACAAUGCGUCUUCAAAUUAGACUCUUCACCUACAAGUAUAAGUUGUGUUAGUAACAGAAGAGUUGCUGUGAAAUUGAACAAGAAUAAAAUUCAACUCUUUUCCGUUGGCUCAUAUCUGUCCAAAGAAAGGACUAUAGAUAUACAAAACGGUAGACUGUUUGGAUUAACAAUGUUUUGUGGUGAUCUAUGGUCAUCAGCUUCAAAUGGUGUUAACGUAUACAGUACUUCAUCUAAUCUUGUAAAAUCUAUCGUCCACGAUCAAUACGAGAAGUCUAUAUUUAAAUCCUCUGUUCAGCAUAUGGCAGUCACUUCUGAAACAGUGAUCGUGACAGAUAACUGGGAUGGAGCUGUUUGCCUCAACAAGGAUGGAAUAGUCAUCAGAGAGAUGAGAGACAGUAGAUUGAGAUGUACCGAAGGUGUAUGUGUAGCUGACGAUGAAACGGUAUUCCUAUGUGGAUAUCAGUCACACAACAUCGUUAUGUUCAACAGGGAUGGUAAUUGUCUCGGAGAACUGAUUGGGAAAGACUCUGGCUUGUUAUCACCAAUAAGUAUGAGCUUUGAUGGGAAAAGAAAUAGGUUACUUGUUGGAUGCUACAUCAAAGACACCUUAUUUGUAAUUGAUUUGCUUGUUAGAUAGAUCACAAGACUUUCAACUUCUAACUGGUAAAUUUCAUAAAAGAAAUUUCUGCCGGAUUCAGAUGUUUUGCAGUAUUAAGGCUAUGCAUGCAAAAUAAGUACCAAUGCUGUCUAAUACGUUUAUACUGAUUUUUUUCAAUCAUUUGAAAUAUCAUGUCAUAAAAUCAAUAUGUGAAUUAUUUGAAAUAAUAUUUGCAUACAACAUUAUGUUAUCCUUCGAU